AUGUAUGCGUGCUGGAAGGAUGCUCGUACCCCCUGGCGCCACUACUCUACUCACUUAACCUCUGGACAUUGUUGCAUCUUUAUUAUUAGCUCCAGUCCGUCCACUACACAACUCAAACAAUCUCUGCCAGGUCAGGUGUUGUCCGCAGACGGCACCUUUCACACCUUCAAUCUGGCUACUCAAACUCUCCCCGCUAUCCAGACCACCCACGCUCACUACCCAUUCCAAUCGUCCCUAACUCCUCCCUACGACCAGAUCAAAGAAUCCUACUCGGAACAACCAUCCAUUUCCAGAUUUUCCGAGCUGGACCGCUCAUGGUCGGCUCCUCGUGGCCAGAGGGGAUCUGACGAACAGAUCCCAAUGUCUCAACCACCAGCGUCAGGUUCCCACACCACAGCCACCGCCGUAGAAAAUGGUCCUGUAUCACUUCCUCCGUUACGGCACAUGUCCAAAAGCCCCACAGCUUCCUUGACCGACCGGAGACAAGGAAGUCUGCUAGGUGUGCAGCAUAUCUUGAACCCUCAGGCCGAUCUGGUAGAGCAGGAGCGUAACCGGAGACGAAGCGCUUCGCAGCAGUUGGAAACUCCCUCUCCCAUUGAAUCUCAACCUUCUCAGAGCCUUCCUUCCAUUAGUCGCCCCAUGAGCGUGGAUUCCACCCAAGGAGAUGCUGUUCAGGCGAGGCCCUUUCAACCCCCAACGGGGCGGCCCUCGAACCGUCACUUGAUGAGCCCUCGAUCACCCACAGUGCAUCGCACUUCUAGCAUCAGUGUCCUGGCCCGUCCAACGGGUACCAUUGAUGCUCACGCUUCUCCUUUCCUAUCGGCUUCUUCCGCCGGCGCUGGACGAGUCUUAGGUCCUGAUCCCACGUCACAGCCAGCACUGCCAACACCGCCAGGUGGUGGGCGUAGCACUGGCUUCUACCCUCCUCACAUGCCUCCUACAGUACCUACACCUCCCCCUGGCAUGAGCCGCAUGGGCUUCCCUCAGUCCGGCAGUGCGAGUCCCAACCCGAACUUCUCCCCCUACAGUCAGCCCGCGUCGGCGGCCUCCAGCCAGUACGAAGGUCCCAGCCACGCAAGUUCCUACCCACCAGCUUCUAUGCAAGAGCAACAGCAACUUGCUAUGGCAAUGGAACGCAACGACCACAACCGCAUGUCCAUGGGCAGCUCCAACUCGGGCCAAUCCGCCAUUCAAAUCAUGACCAUCAAGUCCCAACAAGGCCAACACGUCCGCAUCCCCGUCGAAGUCCACGCCGCCUCCAAAGUCGCCGACGAAAAACGCAAACGCAACGCGGGAGCCUCGGCACGCUUCCGUGCGCGCCGCAAGGAAAAAGAACGCGAAGCAUCCCAGUCAAUCUCACGUCUCGAAACCCAGCUCCGCGAAGCUAUCGAGGACAACGAGUACUACCGUAGCGAGCGCGACUACUUCAAAUCAAUUGUUUUCCAGCAACCGGGUGCAGAACGCCACUACGCUCGCCCCCCUUCCCCACGCCUUCGUCGGAUCUCCGUCGCGCCUUCCAACCCAGCAUCGUCCACCACCGGCGGCGGAUCCCCGUAUUCCGCGUACGAGGACGACACUGGAGAUUCGGAUCGCAAUGUGCGGCGCAGAACUUCGAAUUACCACCCCGUGCAGGGACAGGUCUCGACGUCGCUCAAUGGAGCUCAGACGCCUGGAUAUCCGUCGUCGGCGUUUGCGUCGGUCAAUGCGGCGCCGCAUCACCAUGCGUCGAGGCCGGGGUCGUUUGAUUCUAGGGAUGAACGGUCCAUGUCGUUGCCGCAGGUUCAUCAUCAUCAGCAGCAGCAACAGCAGCAGCAGCAGCAGAUGAUGCAGCAAGCACAUCGCCCAUCUUUGCAUGAUCCGUUUACGGGGGGUGAGGCUACGAGGUAUGAUGGGAGGGGGUGGGAGCCUCAACGUGGGUGA